GGAGAAAGUGAAAGCGAAACAGACAGCGAAACAGACAUGUCAUAAAUCGACAUGAGGCCCCUGCCAGUGCUGUUGUGUCGACUUGUGGAGGGUAUUAUGGCCUUCUUCAACGACAACGAAGGUUAUUCUGUGUUUGAGUGGUUUUUACGCUCUCCUGGUAUCAUAUGGCGCUGUAUGAGAAGACUUUGUAGUUUAAUAGUAAACGCAUCGAUACCGAUAAGAUGGCGAUCGAAUUACGAAAGCCCGGAAGAGCCUAAAACAAACCCCGAAGUCAACUUUCCAGCGAGUAGUUCCCCCAAAGAUGUAGAGCAGUCCCGCGGUAAUGGUCCACCGAAGAGGUCUGCCGACUACAACCGAGAUCUGACCCCCAAGGAGCGGCAGGGGUUUGACCGAAGCGUCCGGGAGUCUGAAGAAGUUGUUGCGCAGUUAACCGAAGAUGAAGAUGAGUCUGAGAAAGAUGGUCGAGAGUUUCGCGUUGAUUCCUCAGAUGAGUUUUACUGUGGCUAUGACUCCACCUGGGAGACAGAGGACCAGGAGCAGAGAUGCAGCGGGACAAGGCGACCUGCAGCCAGGCAUUACAAGUUCAGCAGGUUUGAGAAUGCCGCAAAAGACAUGCAGAACUACAGACAUGACUACCCUUCUCUGAGCAAGAUGUCACGCGGGAAAGAGUCGGGUGACCAGCCUAAUCUGAAGUUUCAGCUCGGGAUGAUGCGUUCUGUACCUGACGAUGCUUUCAUAAAGGAUUUCCACAAUGAAUGGUAUAGAGAUUAUAAUAGACUGGAGAGUGAACACUCCUACAUUCAAUGGUUGUUCCCACUGCAGGAACCAGGGAUGAACUAUCAGGCAAGAACACUGACGAAAGGCGAAAUAAAGGACAUUUGUCAAAGCAGCCUGGCAUUGGAGAAUCUGUUGGAGUCCUAUAAGCUCAUGUUGGACUUCUAUGGUAUCGAGUUGCUUAAUGAGCAAACAGGAGAAUUGACGAGAGGGCUGAACUGGAAAGCAAGAUUCAACAACCUUAACAGUCACACUCACAACAACCUGCGCAUCACCCGCAUCCUGAAGUGCCUGGGAACCCUGGGGUACCCUCACUACCAAGCCCCCCUGGUGCACUUCUUCCUGGAGGAGACCCUCGUCAACAGAGAGCUGCCACAAAUCAAGGAUAGUGUUCUCAGCUACUUUGUGUUUGCGGUCCUCAGUAAGAGACAACGUAGGGGACUCAUCAAGUUCGCCUAUUUGAACUAUGACCGUAAAGAUGAGUUUGUGUGGUGCCCAAAGAAAAUUCAAAUGAUGUGGUCACGGGAGUCAGUGUCUCGGCAAAAAACAUACUUAUGAUCUUCACAUGCAUCCCCUUGAGUAUGGUGAACGAAUAGGAAACCAACGACAAUUAAGCUCUUAAAGUAUUUUCUGUCAAUGUUCCCCAAAUUCAAUCUACAUACUUAGAUUUACAAUACUGUAUCCAUAAUAUGCAACUACAUACUAAUGCGGAGAACUGAAUGUAAUAAACAUAUCAUCACACAUUCAGGAAUCCAUUUAAGGAAAUAUUAACAAGAAUUAGUAUGCAGUUUGUUUUGAGUAUACUGUAAACACACUGCAUACUUUAAACAAGCAUGAUCAGAAUGUAAAAUAUUUAGCCAUGAUACUACUAUUACUAUUUUUGUUUCAUUAAAUGUUAUUCUUAUACGGGUUUAUAUAAAGAAAGCCGUUCUAAACUGGGUGAAACGGUUUAAAUCAGCAAGUGCUAUUGAAUCUUAAGUGCCUACGAUUCAGAAGUAGUGAAAAUGUUCUUUUUUUUUCACUAAACCUGAAAUGUUUAUCCAACUUA